AUGUCACGUUUUUAUAGACAAGGUUCAUCAUCAGAAUCAUCAUCAGAGUCAUCAUCAGAUUCAGAUGUUCAAGUAAAAAAACCAACUCGUUAUGUUUCAUCAUCUGAAGAUGAAAUUGAAGAGAAAAGAAUCGUUUUAUCAGCUAAAGAUAAAAUUUGGCAACAAUUUGAUGAAAGUUUAAAAAAAGUUAGAAAUGCUCUUAAAACAAAUGAUUGGGUUUCAACUACUUCAGAAUUUGAUAAUAUGACAAAAUUAAUUACAAAUGGUAAAACAACUAGAAUUAUUGAAAAAGAAGGUUUCCCACCAUCAUUUAUUAAAGCAUUAUUUAUUAUUCAAACAAGUCAUAGAGAUUUAACAACAGAACAAAAAAAGAAAUUACAUGCAAAUAAUAAUAAAUCAUACAAUUCAAUCAAACAAAAGUUAAAGAAAACAUGUGAUCUCUAUGCAAAGGAAUUGAAACCAUAUCAUGAUAAUCCAGCAUUGGUGAAUGAACAAGAGAACAAAGCCAACAGUGAUGAUGAUGAUGACGAUUUAAGUGAAUCUGAGUCUGAAGAGAGUGAAUCAUCAGAUGAUGAUAAAGGUAAAGGUAAAGGUAAAGCUGCAUUUGGUAAGAAACCAGCCACCAAAGCUGUAGUUGCAAAGAAACCAUUAACCAAAAAAGGUGAUGACGAUAGUGAGUCAGAGAGUGAAGAAUCUGAAUCAGAGAGUGAAGAAUUGAUCUCAGAGUCAUGGUCAUCCGAUAGUGAUGACGACUCUGACAGUGACAGUGAUGACGACUCUGGCGAUAACAAAUGGAUGAUUAAAGACGAUAAAAAGGUUGUAGCCAAAGCUUCAGUUACCACCGUGAGAAAGACCGAUAAGGAUAAAUUGGAUCGUAGAAAUGCUGUAGUCUCACCACUCAGUGGAAGUGGCAGUGCCGUUCCAACCGCCGGUGAGGGUGAAGGCGAGAAAUUGACUCAAGACCAAAUCAUGAAGAAAGUUAAAGAAGUCAUCUCCAACAGAGGUAAAUUAAAGACUGACCCAAUGAAACAAAUUCAACAACUUGAAUAUUUUUACAGUUUAAUCCAAGGCGAUAAGGAGACCUUUAUUGUACUCUAUGAAUUGAUUGCCGCUCAAUUCGAUACUGCAUCUGUAAAGGUUGCUCUCUCCAUUCCAGUUUGGCAAAAGGUUGCCGAUGGCAUCAAAAAGUUAUUGGAGAUCUUGGAGACCAAUACCAACUUUGUCUUGGUUCUCGAACACCAAGAACCAACCAUCAGCAAGGGUCAAGUAGCAGUAACUGGUAAUCUUUUAGCUUUAUUCGAAAUGUUGGAUGACGAAUUCUCAAAGUCACUUCAAUCAAUCAACUAUCCAACCAAAGAGUAUUUAGAUCGUUUACAAGACGAACAAAUCAUCUUAGACUUGGGUGAAUCACUUCAAAAGUAUUACGAGUCUGCAGGUAACAAUGGCGCCGCCGCAAAGAUUGCCAUUCGUCGUAUCGAACAUAUCUACUACAAAUCAAGUAAUCUCAAAAACAAUAUCAUCCCAAGCACAAUGCCAUUGAGUGAGCAAAUUACCUUGAUGAGUAAACUCUCAUCUUUUGUCUAUAAAUUUGGUGAUGAACGUCUCAAUGCUCGUACCAUUCUUUGUAACAUCUACUUCAAUGCCAUCAAUAACAAAUUCCAUGAAGCUCGUGAUAUGAUGCUCAUGUCUCAUCUCCAAGAUAAUCCAACACUCAUGGAUGUUUCAACUCAAAUCCUUUUCAAUCGUGCUAUGGUUCAAUUGGGUCUUUGUGCUUUCCGUUGUGGUUACAUUCAAGAGGCUCAAAAUUGUGUCGUCGAAUUCUCUGGUCUUCGUAAGGAUCUUUUGGCUCAAGGUUUAUCAGUUCAAAGCAAAACCGCUGAAAAAGAUACCGUUAGAGAGGUUGAAGAGACCACUCGUAUCCUUCCUGCUCAUAUGUGGAUUCCAAUCGAUUUGAUUGAAACCGUUAAUCUCAUCUCUGGUAUGUUAAUCGCAGUUCCACAAAAUGCCUAUCGUCCAUUCGAUAACAAAUUCAAAACUUGUAAAUUCUAUCAACGUCAUAUGGAUAGUGUCGAUCGUCAAAUCUUUAUUGCCCCAUCCGAAACCUCAAAAGAUAUCAUCUAUCAAGCUAGCAAAGCCUUAUCCGCUGGUGACUGGCAACAAUGUCUCGAACAUGUCAACACCCUUCGUUUCUGGUCCCUCAUCCCAGACAUUGACAGUGUUCGUGAAAAACUCACUCGUAUCGUUCAAGAGGUCUCCUUAAAGACUUUCCUCUUCACUUAUUCCACUUCUUACGAUAGUAUCCUCCUCAGUGAAUUGGCCGAUCGUUUCCAUUUACCAAAGAGUCAAGUUCACUCUAUCGUCGCCAAAAUGAUGAAUAAUCACGAAAUCUCUGCCUCAAUGGAACACUCUACCGAAUCAAUCACUUUCCGUGCUGAACAAACUAAACUCCAAUAUCUUGCUCUUCAUUACUCUGAAUCUUUAGUUGAUUUUGUCGAACAAAAUGAACGUAUUUACGAUGUUAAAUUUGGUACCUCCUACAGAAAGAAGGGUGAUAAUGAUCACUUACCAAUCGCUGGUGGUCAACAUCAUGGUCACCAACAUCAUGGUCAUCAACACCACGGCCAUCAUCACCACAAUCAACAACAACAACAACAUCAUCAACAACAACAACAAACCACUCAACAUCAUCACCAUCACCACCAAAAUCAAAAUCAAGGUAACCAACAAUAUCAAAAUAAAAAACAUCACAAUAGCAAUCAACAAAAAUCUCACAAAAAGAGACAAAAUAAUUCUUUAGUUGUUAAUAAUUAA